AUGUCAGAAAUCGCAUACAACACAAACUCUAGCCUAGUCUCGAAGUUACAACAACAACAGCAGUUCUACAGUGCCAAAGUUAACGAUGCAAGAAAGCAAGGUAAACAAUCGCCAAAUGACCAAGUAGACAAACCGUUCAGAUGCCCACACGACAAGGAUUCGCCAGCGUACUUGAAAUCACUAUGUAAAUCAGUGUAUCCCGAAACUGUAUGGGCGCAGAUUGACGCUACAGAGGAACUGGACGCAAUUCAGUUCCAUGCGUUAGCGGCGCUGUUGGUGAAGAAUUUCGUGUCGAGCUGGUAUGGUGUGAAAGUUAUGAAGCUGGACCCCAAACAUGACGAGUUCUUAGCUGCGAUAUUUGAAGCUAUAGAUACUACUUACACCGGACUGCGACGUAAAUGCCAAUUGAUGGAUGUGAACUCAUUGCUUCUCAAUGAUUUACCCUACGUCAUAUCAAAACAUAUAAAUAUUCUGAGACAAUUGAGAUUGAAAAUAAAGGGGCAGAAAUCAGAGUUAUAUAGUCAACUGAGUAUGCUACCCAGCGAAAAUUACUUGAUCGACCAAUACAAACGGAUUAUUUUGGAAUCAUUUAUCCCAAACGACUCUAAACUGCAACUAGUCUUUCUGGAAUCAAUCUUAAGGAAUAUUAUCUUUGGCUCUGUACUAGACUCUAUCUCCAAUCCAUUUUAUAUCCUUGAGCUACUGAACAACAUACUGUUCAAGGUGAAUCGACCAAGACAAAAUAAAGAGAAUAUAUCAUUAAAAUUUCGCAAAUUUCUACAAGCCAUUACUUCAUGCUUCUAUCAUCACAAAAGAAACAGUUUAAUUGAAAUCGAUUACACUCAGAUUUUGAAUCUGAUCAUAUUAGAUAUCUGCGAACUCCAUCUGAAGUCACCCGUAUGGUUCGCCGUUGUAAAUAUAAUCAUUAGCGUUUCGAUGACAACAUUAUUUUUCCGAGACCUUAUAUCUACCAUUGCACUGAGGAAUUUAGCGAUGCUACGACAAGGACCCUUGAGUACAUCUUACUUACUAAUGAAAACUAGAAAUACGUUAUUUCCUAACGACAACUUGAUGGGACAAAGAAGAGUAAUCCCACAAGGCGAAGAGCUCGAUAAAUACAAAACCAAUCUUACAAAAUUGGCAUACAAUUUCCUCUCACAACACCAUCUCACAACUGUUCUUAUGCUAUCCGAAAAGGAUGUAGGCAGCUUCAUAGAUUUAAUAAGCCAAGAUAGCAGCUGCAAUAAACUGUUCUUGCUUCUGUUGUUGGAACCAAUAGUUGCUACCCUUAUCUCUACAGGCCAUUAA